CAAUGACCCGCCUCCUUUGUCCCCGCCCACGAAAUUCCAGUCUGUCUGGGUAGCGUCUGUCGGCCGUGAGGAAAAGGGGACCUGAAUUAAACUUUGUGGUUCGAAACGGCCAAAGACGCGCAAAAUAACCGAUUUAACUUCAAUAUUUAUAGACACGCCACAUUGGAGCGUCCAUGUAAACGGAUAGCUUACGACAUGUUCGUAAUAAACGAGUAGUUAAGUACGGAUAGCUGCAUUUGAGCAGGAUUUUCUGCGAACUUUUCACGCCGAGUUACCAACAAGUGGACCGUUUAAAGGUACUGCCGGUGGGCGGACUAGCGACCACACUCUCUCCCGACGGCUUCUCGGUAGCUUUCAGACGUCGUGUCGCGAACCAUGGAGUUACUGGACGGCGGCGAGCCGUUCCUGCAUUGGGACCGGAAUCUCAGCGAGCUGUCGGAGACUGGCGACGCCGACGCCGUUUUAUACAGCACGCACUUCACAGAGCUGCUGGAUGACAUAUCCCAGGAGGCUUUGCUGGGCCAGCUGCUGAGCGACCCCUUCCUGUCCGGCCGGGGUGAGGGCACAGAUGCGGAGGAGGAGCUGUCCCCCGCAUCCCCUGCACCCCCCCAUAUCCAGGCGGAGCACAGCUAUUCGCUUAGCGGGGACUCGCGCCCCCAGUCACCGCUAUCUCACCUGCCCAGCCAGGGAAGCGAUGCGGGCGACUCUGAGAGUGACGAUUGGCCCAUGGAGACCGAAGACAAGGGCCUGAAGAUGGAGCCGCUCUUGGAGGAGGUGCCCAUGCUGCUGCCCACGCUGUCCCUCAGCCUGGCCCCUGAGGGCCCCGCCGACUCCCCGACUCUCGCCCUGGCAGCGGCACUUUCCCAGCCCGCGCAAGUCAAGGUCAAGGAGGAUGGUGGGAAUCUGAGCCCCAAGAUCAAGCUGGAGCCUCAUGAGGUGGACCAGUUUCUCAACCUGUCCCCCAAAGGCCUGGAGUCCCUCCAGCUGCCGCCCACGCCCCCCAGUUCCCAUGGCAGUGACUCCGAGGGCAGCCUCAGCCCCGUGCGCCCUUGUGCCCCUGCCAGCCCCAGCCAGGCGCAGCCCCCGGCCGCCCUGAAAGUGGUACCUCGCGCCUCAUCGUCUCUGUCCAACUCGCCCUUGCUGACAGCCCCCCAUAAGCUGCAGGGCUCGGGGCCCCUCAUGCUAACGGAGGAGGAGAGGCGGACCUUGAUCGCGGAGGGCUACCCUGUGCCCACCAAGCUCCCGCUGUCCAAAGCCGAGGAGAAAGCCCUCAAGAAGAUCCGCAGGAAGAUCAAAAACAAGAUCUCUGCCCAGGAGAGCAGACGCAAGAAGAAGGAGUAUAUGGACGCGCUGGAGAAGAAGGUGGAGACAUGCUCCAACGAGAACAGCGAGCUGCGUCGCAAAGUGGAGACUCUUGAGUGCACCAACAAGUCUCUGCUGCAGCAGCUGCACUCCCUCCAGGCUGUGGUGGCCGGGAAGGUCCCCCGUUCCUGCAGGGUGACGGGCACACAGACGUCCACCUGCCUCAUGGUGCUGGGCCUCUGUUUUGCCGUCUUCCUGGGCAGCUUCUAUCAAGGCCUGGUUCCCUGCUCCUCCAUUACCAGCACGGGCCUAUCCAGAGACCUCAGCAUACAGGAGUCCUACACAGCCACAGUAAAAUCCAGAAACCUGCUGGGCUAUGAGGAUCACAGCGCCCUGGACGAGGCCCCCUCUGGGCUGGCGGGGGAUUACCCCGAGCACUGGGACAGACAGAUGGAUAUUAUGGCGAGCUGGCGGGCCCAGCAGAAGCAACAGCAGCAGGUGGAGGAGGCGGAGAGGCACAGAGCGGAGCUCCGCCCCCUGGAGCCAUUCGUCCACAGCAAUGACACACAUGGCCAGGAGCCAAUCCUCAUAGAUCUGCACCUGCACAGGUCGCUGGAGCGACGGGAGAACGGCAGCACCAAAGUCAUACAGCUGGAGAGGACAGUGAAUGAGACGUCCUGAGGUCCAUCUGGCCCCUCCCCACCUCAAACCACACCCACUGCAGUACCAGAUGCUUCCAACUCACCUUAUUUAUACAUUCUCUUUGAAUCACGCUCUACAUGCGUAGCUACUCUUAAUGUGUAUUUUACAACAUUAGACAGCAGCCUGUAUAACUGCUUAAUUCUUCUGUUUUUAGUAUAUAUAUAUAUAUAUAUAUAUAUAUGCAUAUAAUAUUUUUUCACUCUUCUCCCAUUUUGAGGAGGAGGGAAUCUUUUUAAUUCACAGGGUAGUUAUACUAAACGUCUACCCUGCUUGGUGUAUUGAGGACUCCCCCCUGACUCUUGGAGAUCGAUCUCGACGAGGGCAGAUUCUGCCCUUUUUGAUUUGCGGAGCUUUCGAUGGAAGCUGCCCCAAUCCACGAGAGGACUGAUGCUCUUCCUGAAAGUCAGCGGGCUCGAAUCCCACAUGCUGUGUUUAAUUCUGUUUGUUUUUGCUCUACAAGGGUUGUAGAUGACACCAAAGACCCCUGCCCUCCAAAGUAAAAUACGGACUUGAUACGCACUGAAUCUCUUACUGAUUAUCACAAGUGGACCAGUGCAAAGUUUUUUUUUGUUUUUUUUUUCGAAGAGUAGUAUAAAAAUGCUAAUUUUCACUGGUCAUCCAGUGCAGUCUUAGUAUUGUUUUGGGUGUAUGGUGACAGUGGCUAUGUAUACCAGUUUUACGGUAAAGUCACAUGACCAUGUGGAUGUUCUGGUUCAUUUAUAAUAUCCAAUCGAAUGACGGACAAUUGCUGAAAGGCUCUGGUCUGGUUUUUCACCUUCUGGACAUCGAGCAUUUAUCGUGCCUGUUUCAUUCUAAUGUGGGUGAUAAACAAAAUAACAACUGCUUUUCCCAAAUUGAUAGCGAAGUGUGGUACAUGCCAUUUCUUCACAUCUUUUGUUCUUUAUUGUCUUUUUAAUGCUUCUUACGUGCGCAUGUGAGUUGGCUAAUGUGCUCAUCCCUUUGUGGCGAUGACCCACUAGUGAUUCGCUAAAUCAGCAGAUGUGAAUCUCACCACAGGAACGGUUAUAGCGUGCCACCCAGCAGGAGCGUGAAUAUCUCUGCUCUGGCGGUCUGGCAGCUUUCUUUGGGUUACGGUGGCUUGAUGAAUGCCCCACCCACCACGGGAAGUUAAGUUCCUCCCUGCUAACAGUAGCAACAAAUUGGGGUCGACCCUGGUUUCUCUCUACAGUGUAUAAGUGUAUAACCCCCCCCCCCCCCAGGAAGCAUCCUGCUGUGAAUUGACAUGCACUGCCUACCUAAUGCUUUAUUUAUUUCUUUUUGUAAAUGUAGCAUUUUAUUUUAGUUUGCUUAUGUAAGUCAUUGAAAAUUGGUGCCUUCGGACCCCUGUCCCGGCGGUGCACAUGCUCAAACUGCGUUUGAAGUCGGGGGUCGGCACGCAGUGACCCUGUCAAAGAGACUUGGCCGUUUCACUUGUGGUUCCUUAGAAGCCUCCUGUUGCUAUAUAAUUGUCACUGGCUUCUGCUUUGCUAUAUUGUUUUUUUUUUCUCCCUCUUUUUUCCAGAAGUAAAUAAAUAUUUUUCCUUAGUAAAA